AGUAGCCAGUUAUUUUGCUGGAUUCCGUUCUUCCGCGGGGCGGAAAAGGCAUGUCGGCCUGUGUCCCGACCGAUUCCAGUCCUCUUCCUUUGCAGGACCCCAUGAACAAGCUGUGGCGGCGCGGGAGCACCUCUGGGGCUAUGGAGGCCCCCGAGCCAGGCUCUCCUUCUGCAGGAGAAGCGCUGGAGCUGAGCCUGGCUGGUGCCCACGGCCACGGAGUACACAAGAAAAAACACAAGAAACACAAAAAGAAACACAAGAAGAAGCAUCACCAGGAAGAAGAGACUGGACCGACCCAGCCGGCUCCUGCCAAGCCCCAGCUUAAACUUAAAAUCAAGCUGGGUGGCCAGGUCCUGGGCACCAAGAGUGUCCCUACCUUCACUGUGAUCCCUGAGGGGCCACGAUCACCUUCUCCCCUGAUGGUAGUGGAUAAUGAAGACGAGCCUAUGGAAGGAGUGCCUCUCGAGCAGUACCGAGCCUGGCUGGAUGAAGAUAGUAACCUGUCCCCCUCCCCGCUUCGGGGCCUGCCAGGGGAUCUGGAGGGCCAGGAAGAGGAGGAGGAGCAGAGGUGGCUAGAUGCCCUGGAGAAGGGGGAGCUGGAUGACAAUGGAGACCUCAAGAAGGAGAUCAACGAGAGGCUGCUCACUGCAAGGCAGCGAGCCCUACUCCAGAAGGCGCGGAGUCAGCCAUCCCCUACCCUGCCUUUGCCGGUGGCUGGGGGAUGCCCAGCCCCUGCCCUCACGGAGGAGAUGCUACUGAAGCGUGAGGAGCGGGCACGGAAGCGGAGGCUGCAGGCAGCGAGGCGGGCGGAGGAGCACAAGAAUCAGACAAUUGAGCGUCUCACUAAGACGGCCGCUCCUAGCGGGCGAGGCGGGCGUGGGGCAGCGCGGGGCGAGCGGCGCGGAGGGCGGACGGCUGCCCCGGCCCCCGCACCCAUGGUGCGCUACAGCAGCGGGGCACAGGGCUCCACCCUGUCCUUUCCUCCCGGCGUCCCCACACCCGCCGCAGUGGCGCAGCGGCCCGCCCCGUCGGGCCCCGCUCCGCGCUGCUCGGUCCCUGGCUGCCCCCACCCUCGUCGAUACGCCUGCUCCCGCACGGGCCAAGCCCUUUGCAGCCUACAGUGCUACCGCAUCAACCUACAGCUACGGCUGGGUGGACCCGAGGGCCCGGGGUCCCCCCUCCUGGCCACCUAAGGCCUCUCCCGUGCCACGUUUCCGCUGUCUCCUCCACCCUAUUAAAUUUCUUCUGGUGCC